AUGCAUCGUCUGAGCAGCACGGUCGUGUGUGCCUGCACUGCGCGUUUGUACGGCCAGCAGGUUGCCCAUAGCGACGUACGUGCACCUAGCUCGGCUCUUUGCGACCUGUACUUUUGCGAAGAGUGCCAUGAGCUACGAUGCAACGACUGCGUGGCCUGGGAAACGAGCAGUUGCUAUUGCCCCCACUGCCUCUUUGAAGUGCCAGGCACCAGUGUGCGUACGCAGCACGCACGCUGUGGCCGCAACUGCUUUACGUGCCCGCUCUGCACGCAUGUCCUAUCGAUUGUAGGAUCUGAUCCGCCACGUACAGCCUCGCUCACCGCGCCGGAAGCGAGUCAGGGGGUGGAGCCGUUUUAUUUCUCGUGCACGUACUGCCGUUGGGACUCGAAGCGGUGGGGUCUCGUCGCCGACAAGCCGCAAAGUCUUGGCGCUACCUUGGAUGCAUGGGACGCAGCCCACUGGCCUGUGCGUGAGUUUGAGAACGUCAGUGAGCACAUGGCAAGUGUGUUGGAGAUGAAUCGGUGGUAUGCCCAACGCAAGACGGCGCAGCCCCCUUCGAUGCCCGAGCACGAAGCCUAUAUGCCUACCCUUUAUCAAUCGCUCGCCAAGCAUGCCGCACGCCAGGCUCGCGAGGCGGACGAGCUUCGUGCGGCGAGUCGAUCCACGACGCUCGCGCAGCGAUGGGCGAUGCCCAGUGAGCAGCCGUACGCCCCACGCGCUCUUCGUCCGCAGCGUGUUCGUCUGCGAAGCAAGCUGAGCAAGCGGUGUGCGGUAUGCCGGCAUAUCCUCGUCCGCCCUGAGCUGCGGACCAGCUCGGGCGCCUACAAAAUCAAACUGAUGGCGCACCAGUUCCUGCCGGCAUGCACGCUGGCAGCCAGUGCGCCGUCGCUGUAUACCCUGACCCUUGAGAACCCGCUAAUGGAUCCUAUGGACGUGACACUACGGUCAGAGGCUGAGUUAUCGGCCUACCAGGUUCAUGUGCCGGCCUAUGUCGACGUGUUAGAGUGGGACGACGAUACGCCGUCGUAUGCCGGCUGGGACGGCUUUGCAAGUGGCGUCCGUGUGCAUCGGCACCAAGCGUCGCUGAGCAUGCGCCUUCCUGAUCCGCCUCCCGCGCGCUGA